AUGGAUUUUAUGGAGUUUGGAGACAUAGGGAGUGGCUGUGAAGAUGAGAACUGUGGCCUUGCUUUGGGCUCCCUGGAGGACUGCCCUGACCAAGAGUGCCAGUGGGAGGAAUCAGGUCCUGGCUUGGUUAAGUUAGUGUGUGUGACUGUCAUUUAUAUUCCUCUGAUGCUCUUCGGCCUGCUGGGAAACAUACUCACAAUUUUGGUGGUUUGGCUCCGACCUCACAUGAGAAGCUCUACCUACCUCUACCUGAGCAGUAUGGCUGUCAGCGAUCUGUUGAUCCUCCUCCUGCUGCCCGUGGAUCUGUAUAAGCUCUGGAGACCCAGUCCCUGGCCAUUUGGAGACCUGCCCUGUAAGCUGACAAUGUUCAUGUCAGAGUGCUGCACCUUCUGUACAAUCCUUCACAUCACCUUCCUCUCCAUUGAGAGGUACAUUGCUGUCUGUUGGCCAAUCGCAGCUAAGACCCUGGUGACCCGCCGUAGAACAAGGGCUCUUAUUGGCUGCCUGUGGCUUGGGGCAGCUGUCAGUGCAGCACCGGUGUUGGUCAUAGUUGGAGUGGAAGAAGUCGGGAGAGAGGAGCCGGGGCUUGGAGGAUGGAGGGACAACAGAGGGUGGACAGGGAGUGAGGGAGAGCAGGGUGGAUUUAUUUUCAGUGAAAGAGAGGGAGGAAGUGGAAACAUGUUCUCCAUUGAAGGAGGAUUAAACGAAAUAAAAUGGGGAGAAAGUAUUCGUGAGAAAAUCUGGUUGGUGGAGGAAGAGGAGAGAAAAUUUGGGACUGGAAAAAGAGAUGAGAUGAAACAAGGAGAUGGGAGAAAUACAAGAGAUGAAGGAGGUGGCCUCAAAGAAGAGGAGACUGAAGUUGAGGGAAUGCAGUAUGAAGGCGGGGGAUUGGAGGCAAGUGUUGAAGGGGGUUGGGGUGUCCCUGACAACAGAGAGUGCCGCUUCACAGACUACGCCUUCUCAUCUGGCCUGUUGUCAGCCAUGAUGAUUGUCUCCAACUUGUACUUUCUGGUACCCCUGUGCAUCCUGGCAUUGGUCUACAGCCUGAUUGGACGAACACUGUGGCUCCGCCCACAAAGUAGCAGAAGAGAACAGAGUCAUCGGCAUACUGUCAAAAUGCUAGGAGUGAUUGUUUUGGCAUUUGUACUCUGCUGGCUGCCCUACCAGGUGGGCCGGACCAUUUCCUCUCUUUCUCCCGGCAGGAGUGCUGAUCUUCUAUAUCAUUUGUCUCAGUACUACCACCUACUGUCCUCUCUCCUCUUGUACGUCAGUGCUGCUGUCAAUCCUUUACUGUACAACCUGAUGUCAGCCCGAUACAGACACGCUGUUCACAGCCUCAUACACUCAAACUCUCACACACAGCCCCACCGACGGCGCACGCUCACAGGACAGCACUCCACGACUACCUUAUAA